CGUCUGAUCCUCCCCGGUCCAGACUCGGGGUUGCAAUUGAUGGCAUAAUCCAUCGCGACUUUGUAUAUAUCCUGCCAUUGCCGGGCGGACGCAGCGAUGGCCACCACAGCCUGUUAAUUUGUUAGUAUCGUGUUUGCUGGACGGCCAGACCGCCAAUGACGAUCCUGGAUCUGCCUCCCAAGGAGGCCUCCGUGUGGCCCGUCACGCUGGGUAUUCUGUCCUGGGUAUUCUGGUCCAAUCUGACCAUCCUCUUUAAUAAAUGGGUGAUUGAGUCGACGGAAUUUCGUACGUCAAUCAUCCUCACCACAUGGCACCUCAUCUUCGCAACCCUCGCCACCCAACUCCUCGCCCGCACCACCACCCUCCUCGACGGACGCAAAACAAUUCGCAUGGACGCCCGCACCUAUCUCCGCAUGAUCGUCCCCAUCGGCAUCCUCUACAGCGGGAGUCUCGUCUGCAGUAACAUCGUGUACCUCUACCUGAACGUGUCGUUCAUCCAGAUGCUCAAAGCCUGCGGCCCCAUCAUAACCCUCCUCACCAGCUGGGCCUGGCACGUCACCCCCCCCACCCUCGAAUCCUUCCUCAACAUCCUCCUCAUCGCCCUAAGCAUCGGCCUCGCCGUCGCCGGCGAAGUGCAAUUCUCCGGCCUCGGCGUCCUCUACCAACUCGCCAGUCUAAUCUUCGACGCCAAUCGACUCGUCAUGAUCCAGGUCCUCCUCUCCUCUUCCUCUGCCCAUGACGGCGGAGGGCAGAAAAUGGACCCCCUCGUCACAUUAUACUACUCAGCCCCGGUAUGCGCAUUCACGAACUUCCUGAUCGCGUUCUAUACCGAGUUGAGGGCGUUUCGGUGGGGUGUUGUGUCGGAGACGGGGGUGGGGGUGUUGCUGGCGAAUGCCGCCGUGGGGUUUAUGUUGAAUGUGUCGAUUUUUGUGCUCAUCGGCAAAACCUCCGGUCUAACAAUGACACUAGUCAGCGUGCCGAAGAAUAUCCUCCUUAUUGUGUGCUCGGUGGUUAUCUGGGGGACGGAGAUUAGUGUGCUCCAGAUGGUGGGGUAUGCAUUGGCGUUGGUGGGGUUGUUGUAUUAUUCGCUGGGGUGGGAGACCAUUAAGGGGUCUUGUGGGGCGGGGUAUACGAGGCUGGUUGGGGGGGUGGAACGGGAGGAGAAGGAGGCGGAGGGGGGUGUAUAG